AUGUCCGUGCGGUACGCUGCCGCAUCAUCAAAGAAGGCGGUUGCACGCAUGCGUGCAGUCAAAGAGAGUUAUUCUCAAGCCUCAGCAGCAGGUAAUCCUUCUCCUGCUGUUGCGAUUCAGCUACAGGCGGUCCCUGUUGUGAAUAGUCCACGUGGUGAGUCACCACGUGCGAAAGAUGCAUCCGCUGCGUCCGCAGCGGAUGUUCUGACUCGCAAUGUAGAUGAGCCUGAAAUAGAGCUGAACUAUUCUGUCGAUUCGGAUGAUGCAUCGGACUCGAAGGCGACGCCUCACGCCUUUGUAUCAUCCGGGGCGGACACUGCAAGAGACAGGUUGACUGGCUCAAUGGAACGUGGCGGCAUCACGUCCGAGAUCGUCGGACCAAGCGAUUCUUCUGACGAAUCCUCGCCUCACGCACUUCCAUCCGACGAUAGGACGGGGUGA